AUGAGCAACUACCGAUACUCAAAAUUAAAUGAAGAAGAGAUCUCUUUAGAUGAAGUGCCCUCAUCGGCUGGUCAAUUAUUAUCUAGACAAGAGCAAAUAAUACAAGAACAAGAUGAGGAAUUGGAACUUGUGGGCAACUCGGUACGGACAUUACGAGGGAUGACUACAAUGAUUGGUGAUGAAUUGGAUCAACAGUCAAUAAUGCUCGACGACCUUGGACAAGAGAUGGAAUACGCGGAGACACGACUGGACACUGCGAUGAAGAAAAUGGCAAAGCUGACUCACCUGGAAGAUGGUAAGGGACAAUGCAACAAUAUGUCUAAAAGCUUCAUGUGGCUGUCGGAGCAGUUGUUUUUGAUCAAACGGUUGUCUGAGAACAUAUAA